GCCCCCCGCGGCGACCCGGUUCCCCAUGGACACCCGCGGACGCGAGGCCCCCGGUGCGGCGCUGCGGAGCGCGGCAGAAAAUCUACUUCAGGAGCUUCAAGAACAUUUUCAAGCUCUGACUGCAACAUUAAACCUCAGAAUGGAAGAAAUGGGAAGUCGUAUUGAGGACUUACAGAAGAAUGUAAAUGACCUAAUGGUGCAAGCUGGGAUUGAAGAUUCUAUUAAAGAACAAAUGAGGUGUCCUGAGUCCUGAGGUCGCCCUUCACUCCACUCCACUCCGUAGAAGUAAUUACUAAAGAAAGGCACCAAGAUGAAACUUAAGCUCGUUUUGUAGGUUAUAUAGAGAACCUUUCAAAUAAUCACUCCUUCUCUUCGAGCCAAAGUAAUAUAGAGCUAUUAUCUUCUAAAAAAGAGGUCAGUUAUAGUCUCUCAUUCAAAAAAAAUAACAUUAUUCCUGUGUAUUACAAAUCAUAUUCUUCAUACAAAACUCAAAAUCACCUGUAAUUCUGCCACCAAUGAACAACUCUUAAACUUUUCUUUAUGCAUACAAUUCUCACAGUUGAUCAUAUUGCUUAUAAUCUAAUAUCCUGCUCUCUUUUCCUAUCAUAAACAUUUUUCCCAUGUGAAAAUUUUGUGCACACUUUUUUUCUUUGGCUUCCUAGUAUUCUAUCAUGGCUGUAACAAGCACUUUAGGUUACAGGUUAACUAUUUUCUUGGACAUUGACGUUGUUUCCCCCUUCCAUACUAUUAUAAAUAACGCCAUAAUUCAGUUAUCCAUGAAUUUGUGCUUAUUUCAUUAGGGUAUGAGAUAGGUAGUUCAGUUGGUUAGAGCACAGCCUUAUCACUGCAAGGCACAAGGUCAUGGGUUCGGAUCCCUGUACAGCCAG